AAUAUAACGACAGUGGCACAAUUUAAAUUUUGUAAUAUUUCAAUGGCAUGAUUACUAAUAGAGGAAUCGUAAUUACAUUUAUCUGAGAUAGUAUAUUUGCCGUAUGGAUUGAAUUAACUCUCGGAAUUCUCAUAGCUGUCACCAGGCUGGUCAGUGGUCAGCAACUCAGGAAAACAAAUCCCUGCUCCCUACCCCACGAUUUCCACUGAACGGACCAGAUUGAGCAUCGUCUUCCAUCCGUUCGCUUCGCAGCGUGGCCUGCGGGUGUCUGGACCCCACAUGUCAUCAGAACAUAUUGCAAAACCCUUCUCUGUCUUCCCCAAAUCCCCCAUCCCCACCGCCAUUCUCGACGGUUUCUCGAGCUCCACCUCCUCGCGUGCCCACGCCAUCCAUGGCUUCUUCCGCACACAAUGUGACCACCUAGCAGCGCCAUCGCCAUGCCUCCACGCUGUAGGCGCCUCCCCCUCCUCUUCAUCCUCCUCCUUGCCGUCCGCCCACUCUCCGCCGCCGCCGCGUCGAGCAUCGCUGCGGCCCCCGCCUCCUCCUACCGCCGCAUCUCGUGGGCGAGCAACCUCACGCUCCUCGGCUCAGCCUCGCUCCUCCCGGGCGCGGCCGGCGUCGCGCUCACCACCCCUUCCCGCGACGGCGUCGGCGCCGGCCGCGCUCUCUUCUCGGAGCCCGUGCGCCUCCUCCUGCCCCAGGACGCGGCCGCCUCCGCCUCCGCCUCGCGUGCCGCUACCCCGGCCUCCUUCUCCACCCGCUUCACCUUCCGCAUCACGCCCUCCCCCACCUACGGCGACGGCCUCGCGUUCCUCCUCACCUCCUCCCGCACUUUCCUCGGCGCUUCCAACGGGUUCCUUGGCCUGUUCCCCUCCUCAUCCGCCUCCGACGAGGGGGAGCUCCGCGACGUCUCCACCGUCGCCGUCGAGAUCGACACCCACCUCGACGUGGCGCUGCAUGACCCGGACGGCAACCACGUCGCGCUCGACGCGGGGUCCAUCUUCUCCGUCGCGUCCGCGCAACCAGGCGUCGACCUCAAGGCCGGCGUGCCCAUCACCGCCUGGGUUGAGUACCGCGCGCCGCGCCGCCGCCUCAACGUAUGGCUGUCCUACUCGCCGUCCCGCCGCCCCGAGAAGCCCGCCCUCUCGGCCGAUGUCGACCUCUCCGGCCUCCUGCGCACCUACAUGUACGCGGGGUUUUCGGCCUCCAAUGGCAACGGCGCUGCGCUUCACGUCGUCGAGCGCUGGACCUUCCGCACCUUCGGCUUCCCCAACUCUUCAUACGCCCCGCCGCCGACCAAGUACAUAGGCCCAAUGCCACCCAAUAACCAGCCUCUCCCUCCCCCUCCCUCUCCCUCUCCCUCUCCCCCUCCCCCUUCCCCUCCCCCUCCCCCUCACCCUAACCACCGCCGCCGCCAUCUGUUCUACAAGGUGCUUGGCGGAGUCCUCGGUGGUAUGGUAUUGCUGGGCCUUGUCGUCGUUGGUUCUGCUGUCUUGCUUGGCCGGUCAGUGCGCCGCAAAAAUCAAGAACAUGCAGUGGCAAGCGAGGACAUGGGGGAAGCGACACUCUCUAUGGAGGUGGCACGGGCAGCAACAAAGGGCUUUGACAGUGGCAAUGUGAUCGGCGUUGGUGGCUCUGGUGCUACUGUGUAUGAGGGGGUGCUCCCCUCUGGGUCGAGGGUUGCUGUCAAACGGUUUCAGGCUAUUGGAUCGUGCACCAAGGCAUUUGACAGUGAGCUCAAGGCCAUGCUUAAUUGCCCUCAUCACCCAAAUCUCGUGCCGCUUGCUGGGUGGUGCAGAAGUAAGGAUGAGCUUGUGCUUGUUUAUGAGUUCAUGCCCAACGGGAAUCUAGACUCUGCAUUGCACACACUGGGUGGGGCAACACUUCCCUGGGAGGCACGGUUCAGGGCUGUAUAUGGUGUUGCAUCAGCGCUAGCAUAUCUGCAUGAUGAGUGUGAGAACCGGAUUAUACAUCGUGAUGUCAAGUCAUCAAAUGUUAUGCUUGAUGCAGAGUUCAAUGCUCGGCUAGGUGAUUUUGGCCUUGCUCGCACUGUGAGCCAUGGUGGGUUGCCACUUACAACACAGCCAGCAGGCACACUGGGGUACCUUGCACCAGAAUAUGUUCAUACAGGGGUGGCUACAGAGCGGUCUGAUGUGUACAGCUUUGGGGUGCUUGCUCUGGAAGUGGCCACUGGACGAAGGCCUGCUGAGAGGGGAAUCUCUGUUGUUAAUUGGGUGUGGACUCUAUGGGGUCGUCGAAGGCUGGUUGAUGCAGCAGACCGGCGGCUCCAGGGACGAUUUGUUGCAGAUGAGAUGCGACGGGUGCUGCUUGUGGGUCUGUGUUGUGUACAUCCAGACUGCCGGAAGCGGCCUGGUAUGCGAAGGGUAGUCAGUAUGCUUGAUGGUACUGCACCGUUGAUAUUGGUACCAGAUAAGAUGCCACCAGUUCUUCUACAGCCAGUACCAAAUGCUUCAUCAAUGAACUCUGCAGAUACUGCCAAUACUGCAUUCUUCAGUUGUCGCUGAGCAUACAAGUUAUAGGGUUCAUUUGCCUCAUGUUUGCUUCUUUGGAUAAUUUGAUCGCUUCUGCAGCACAAGCAUAUGAUCAACUUGGGAAAUUUUGUUCUACAGCCUAUAUGGCACUGAUAAGAUGACCUGGAUAUGUAGAAUGGAUCAACCAGCGUUGCCCUUUGUGUUGUUUUAAAGCUAAGGCAUUGACCUUUGUACCGAACAAGAAUUUUUUGAUGCGGGCUCUGCUCACUCUGCUUCACCUGCUGGGUGGUAUGAAAAUCCUGAUAGUUUUCUUUACCAAGAAUCGUAACUAGAUUCGGGAAUUUCUCUUAUGCUAUCUUUAUUUGUCCCAAUCAUUGUACAUACUUUGUUCUGCAAGUAAUCUAUUCUGGAAGGCAUAGGCAGAUGCGUCUCUGGCAUACCUAAGUUAAGAACCAUUAUUAGUCUUCCACAGUCUAUCAACACUUGUUGCUAUGUACAGCAGUUUCUGCAUGAGAGACUAGACAAAAUUGAUUUCAAUCUAUACUGUAGUCCUAGUCUGAGUCCUGAGUUCCUGACUAGGUGGUGCAGUAGAGUGGCCUCCUUUGGAACAUGAAUUAGUUCAUUUCCUGCAUUCCUGUAAAAUUAGUUCAUUUCCUUUGAGACAUGAAUUAUCCUCCUUUGCUGGAAUUUCAUUUCCUGUAAAAUUCCUCAAAAAAUCCUGCAUUCCGAAGUAUUUUUGGAGCUGACUUCAUCGAAAUAAGCAAUGUCAGAGAAAUCUUUUAGUAGUAUAUAUUGCAAUUUUCGAUGAGGCUGAUCGCACUUCCGAUUAUGAGUACACGAC